AUGCCAACUUCUCCUAUAUUUGUUGGAAACAAGGCAAAGCGAUUGUUGGAAAGAGCUGUCUGGAAUGAUACCGCUUUUCUUGCUUCGAUUGAUGUGAUGGAUUAUUCGUUACUUGUUGGGGUGGAUGAAGAGAAGCAUGAACUUGUUCUUGGGAUUAUUGACUUCAUGAGGCAGUAUACAUGGGACAAGCACCUUGAGACUUGGGUGAAGGCUUCUGGCAUCCUCGGUGGACCUAAGAAUGCGUCUCCAACAGUAAUCUCACCCAAGCAAUACAAGAAGAGGUUCAGAAAAGCCAUGAGUACCUAUUUUCUGAUGGUCCCAGAUCAGUGGUCACCACCGACUAUUAUUCCAUAUAAGUCUCAGACUGAUUUAUGUGAAGAGGAUACUCAAGGUGGGACCAUGGCCGAGUGA